GGACAGAUGCCAGAAGAAACGUUAAUUCUUCCGGAGUUAGACGCCGGGGUAAUAUUUAAAAUACAUAUUAGUCUUUCCAAAUAAACUUUAAAAUGCACAAGACGGUACAUUACCUUGCAUGAAAACUGCACUGCGACUGAAAGAACCCGUUGGCGAGGUGCGCCUAACUCUCUACGCGGCAAAGAGAAGCCAUUUAAAUCAUUUUCCCGUUCGUCCAAGCCCCAGCCUGAAAGGCGGGCAAGGCCCGCGAUCCCGUAGGCCCGCCCCCGGCUCCGGGCGGAAGAGGCCGGCCCGCGCUUGGGAAAGGCUCCUGGAGGCGAGUGGGCGGGCGCUCGUGCCCGGAUGUAAGAUGGCCGCCGCCGCCGGACAGCCGCCGCCCCGCAGGUUGCUCUAGGGCCUGCAGGGCCUGCCCGUUCCCGCCGAUCGCCGAGGUCUCCUUACCAUGAGGCCAGUGAGUCGCCGCACCCUAGACUGGAUUUAUUCCGUGUUGCUCCUCGCGAUCGUGUUACUUUCCUGGGGAUAUGUCAUCUAUGCAUCGACAGUAGCCGGUCGACGACAACUGAGGAAGAAAUACCCAGACAAAAUAUUCGGGAAUGAAUGAAAUUUAUUAAUUCCUCUAGAUUUUAUGUUAUGCAAAUACUUCACUUCAUGCUUACCUGAUACGUUUAUAUUUAAAGUAAAAUCCAUAAUAUAAAGUUUCCAAAUUUAUUAUUGCAUACAGCCCUUUAUAAAUAAACCAUGAAUGUGCUAACUUUUCCAAUACGUGUAUUUUUAAAUUCUCAUAUAACAAAGCAUCCUAGAUCUGACAGCCUUUGAGUAUCAGAUCAUAGAUGAAAUGACAUGCUUUUCAAUUUAGAGUUCCUAAAAUACUUCUUUUAAAAUGCCUCAGAAAGCCACCUUUAAAACAAAAGUGUGUGGAAUUUCUAAUCUUAUAUUUGUUUAUUACAUUUUAUUUUGUUGUAUACCUACACAACAGACUAAGUAUUAUGUAAGAAAAAAAAUUACCGUGUGACUAAUUUUCUACAUCUUGUUUUCUAACACAAGAAUGGCCAGAAAAAGGUGAUUGUUCAUAUUUUUUAAAGCAGGUCCAGUUUGUACUUAUUGUUAAAUAACUAAAUAAAGUCUUAAAUUGUACAGUGUUUGGGAAGGAAUAGGCAACACAUAUCCGAGAGUAAGCUUUAUUAAAGUUACUUUUCCAGAGAA